GCCUCGCCCCCCCUCGUCUUAUGACUCGCCUGCUCCAGCUGCACAGCGAAUUAUAGCAAUUACAGUGAUCCAAAGACUAUAUCAGAUAUUUCAACUGUCACUUCGGCAGUGAAGAAUCUUCCGAUACUUACCCGGCUUGCCUGGUUUAUAUUAACAUAAAUCAAAUUAAUAACAGACCAUCGACAUGGCUAUCAUAUUCCGACGUGUGAACGAGGCUCUCGAUAUCAACACUCCAGCUGGUGAUGAGGAGUUGAGUGUGAACGGUAGCGACUGGUUAUGGGCAGCGACAGCUAUCUACCUUGUAUCAUUCAUUAUCUUAUACGCCACUAGCUUCGUAGCUCGGUCUGGCGAGAAGAUCUUCCACUAUCUCUUCACCAUCGCCCUCCUGGUCGGUUCCAUCUCCUACUAUGCCAUCGCUUCUGAUCUCGCCUACGUGGUUAUCCCGGUUGUCAACCACAGGCCUGGAGACCCAUGGACGCGACAAAUCUUUUGGGCCGAAUAUGUGAACUGGGUCGUUAGCUUCCCCGUCGUCACCAUUGCCCUUGGCCUCCUGAGCGGUGUCUCUUGGGCCACGAUCCUUUACAACGUCGCAUUAGCAUGGACUUGGGUCGUCUCUUACCUUGUCGCCGCCUUCACGGCAUCCAACUACAAAUGGGGUUUCUACGCCUUCGGAACUGUCGCAUGGCUGCUUCUCGCAUUCAGCACCCUAUUCCACGGCACAACUUCCGCCAGGCGCGUCAACGUUGCCGGUGACCACUCCCUCCUUGCAGGAUGGGUCAACUUCCUCUGGCUCCUAUACCCGAUCGCCUGGGGUCUGUCCGACGGUGGUAACCGCAUUGGUGUAACUCCCGCAUACAUCUUCUUCGGUCUUCUGGAUGUCUUGCUAGUCCCUGUCCUCUCCUUCGCCUUCGUCAUCCUCUCCCGAAAGUGGGACUACAACACGCUUAACCUCGCCUUCACCCGAUACGGCCGUGUCCACCAAGGCGGCGAAUUCCCCGAGAAGACUACCACCGCUCCGACGGCCCCUGUCGUCGGCGAACAGGCCGCCUAAAGAAAAGAAAGAAAGAAAAAGGAGUACUUAUCGGCAUGUAUUGGGCGCUCUUGCCUAGC